AAUUGUAAUAAUAAGUAAAAAAAAAGAAAAAUCUAUCUCAAAGUCGAGGAUCUUUUGGACAAUUUGCGGGAGAUCUGUGGCUAUCUAUGCCGGGCGGCGGACUGAAUGCCCCCCUCCCCCCCCCCUUUUGGAGAGAUUCUCGGAACAGGUCUAGGUGGGUACUGUCAGGUAUUAAACACGGCCGAAUUUGAACUGGAGGGAAAGAAGGAAAGAAAAAGGGGGGAAAGAACCACCACUCCUCUCUGCGCCAUGUACUAUACAUCGCUGUGUAAUAUUAGGCAAGUGAGUGUACGCGGUGUGCUGGCGUGCCCCGUGUGCUCCGACGUCCUGAUAAGCCGCCUCUGUUCUUGCUGCGGUGGCGGGGUGAAGUGGGAAAGGAACCCGCGCAAGUCGACGGGUCUAAUAGGUACUGCUUGUACGAAACGUGGAAGCGAGGGUGUGCGCUUGUGCUUAAUAUGUGCACGUGGAGCGGCACCAGGGUCGAUUGAAGACUUGAGGUUGAAGAAGAAGAGUCUAUCGAGUUUAUUAAAAUACACUACUAAGUUGUUAGGAAUGACCGUGCCGUCGUGGUGCGAGGCCGUGAGCUAUUAUAGGGAGAGUGUGUGUAUAUGUUGUGCGCACGCGGGGGUGUGCCAGCGAAAGCUAUCGCCUCCUCAGCCAUGUAGAAUGCAUCACCAUGUAUCUACGCCCCUCCUCCCUUAUCCCCUUUAAAUCAUUGCGAUACCUUUUUUACCCCCCCCCCCCCCGCUCCGCUG